GCAAAAGCAUAUCUUUCACAAAUGAGACACUUGAUGUCGAAACGAGAAUUGGCAGAGGAAGCAUCUUAUGUCUUCAGUGCUGCAUUGAAUCAAAGUCAUCGUACUAGUUUAAGUUAUGGUUAUAAUUGGCUUACAUCGGAAAGCUUAAAACCACCCUGGGAAUUUAAAGAUGGAGGUGGCGGUAAACUCCCUCCGGAAGAGGCUUUUGACCAUUGUCUUCAAACCAUUGUACCACUUAUGGUUAAUGAACAAAAUUUCAUUUUGGAUUUUUUCCACCUUGAAAAAAAAAAAGCCGAAAACAAAAAAGAGGAUCGAAGUAUCGAAGAUAAUAAAAUGAAAAAAAAAUUAACUGAACAUAUGGAAAAAUUUUUCAGUUUUCUACCUGAAGAAUUGUUCUCGUUUGUCGAUUAUGGAUGUAAACAUGACAACAUGCAACGUUUUGUUGAACGUAUCGAGCAUUCAAUGAUUGAAGAUGAAAAGCUUGAAAUGCGCCGUAUUGUAAACAGAGCUUAUGAGCGUAUUGUUAAAACAAUGUUUGAAUGUGUUGAAGCCAUUGCAAAAGAUGCUGAUUCUCCUGUUGAUGAUAAAGAACAAUUGAAUGCUCAUAUAAUGACUCUAGAGAAUAUGCAUUAUUUUUAUUCUGAGAUCCGUUCACGUCGGAUUAUUAUUCUUGAACCAUUUAUGAGAUAUGCAAAGAGUUCUUAUGAUAAACAUAUGGAUGCAUACGCUAGAACAAUGGUUCGAAGACCAUUUGGAAAAAUGCUGGAAUUUUUCGAAGGUAUAGAAAGUUUAUUGAGAACAAAUGCAGCUCCAGAAGAAGUUGGAUUCAGAAUUCAAUUCAAUAAAUCGGCAUUAAAGAAAGUUAUAUCACAAUACCCCGGAAAAGAGAUUAAGAAAGGUCUUGAGUCAUUAUAUAAACGAGUUGAAAAGCAUUUCAAGGAAGAAGAAGGAGGUCGCCUUUUACAAGUUGUAUGGCAUGCAAUAGAGGAAGAAGUAAUUCGUAGUCAUGAAAGAUUUACAUUAACGAUUAACAGAUGUUAUCCUGAUGCUAAUAUUACUUUAGAGUUUUCCAUGGACGAUUUGUUGGGUUAUUUUUCAGAAAUAGCUAGGAGUCAUUAG